CAUCCUUCGGUUAAUAUUUUAUAUGUUUCUUUUUCCUUUUUCUAAAAUACCUCGAUUGUCCAGUAAGAUUCAUUUCAGGAUACCUUCUCGUAGGAUAUAGACUUGAGCAGUCAAUGUACUCAUCUAUAAAAUUAAGCUCAGUGUCUUAUUAUUAGCAGCUUACCUCUCCACAGAAAUCUAAUUCAAAAAGUAUCUGCCGAUGAGGAGUCUUAUAUUUCUCGCAAUUUUAUCUCUCUUGGCUUUAACCUUUCCCGUAUCCAUUGCUUCUGAACCAAGCCCCGUUCAAGACUUUUGUGUCGGCGUAAACACCCCAUCCGAUGGUGUGUUUGUUAACGGAAAGUUUUGCAAAGACCCAAAGCUCGCCACAGUAGACGACUUUUUUUUCACAGGGCUUGACAGGCAAAGAAUCGCAACUAAUGCGGUCGGAACAAAUGUGACACCUGUCUUUGCUGAUAACCUUCCUGGGCUCAACACCCUUGGAAUAGCAUUUGCUCGUGUAGAUUAUGCACCAAACGGGCUGAUCCCACCUCAUACCCAUCCACGUGCUAGCGAGUUCUUGAUUGUCCAAGAAGGAUCGCUUUACGCGGGGUUUGUCUCGUCAGAUCAAGACGGAAAUCGUCUAUUCUCCAAAAUACUCAACAAGGGUGAUCUAAUUGUGUUUCCAGUAGGACUCAUCCAUUUCCAUGUCAAUGUGGGACGAGGCCCAGCAGUUGCAUUCACUGCUUUUAAUAGCCAAAACCCAGGUCUCAUCACUAUUGCUAAAACCGUGUUUGGGUCUAACCCGCGGAUAAACCCAAAUGCUCUUGCAAAAGCAUUCCAGUUGGAUCCUAGGAUUGUCAUGAGCCUACAGACCAAAUUCUGAUCAUGGAAUGAAAAAUAUUGAGCUUUUAACUGCUUUCGCUUUCUUUCCGUUGUCUGAAUAAGGAUCAUGUAUUCCAUCACUGCAUCAAUGAAGUGACAUAAAGUCAUAAUGUAAUGCUUACAAAACUA